GCAUUCUGCUGUCUCAAGUCUUUUAACUAUUGCUUUUAGUACCAAGUUAAUAGUAUUUUUCUCUUCCCCAGUUCUUUUGGUUUAAAUGUGAAGCACUCAUCUCUGAAAUGGGGUUGCUGAAGUUUCUUCAACUGUAUGCCUGCAUUUUAGUUAUGGUGGUUGCAGUAUUAAACUCAGCUGAGUCAACAGUUGUCAUUCGUUUUAGAAGUGCACCCCCACCUCAGUCAAGGUUACCUACUGCCAUUUUUAGGUACUCAGUUGAGAGGCUGGAUGGUUCCAAUGCAUGUAAAAACAAUGCUUGUUCCAUUUACUGUGAGAUUGAUGGACAAUUUCUGAGACCUUGUCUGGCUGAUAAUUUAGUAUUGAAAAACUUAACUGUAAACCGUGAACACAAAUUUCUUCUCAAUGUCACAACCCGGGAUGGAGAGACAAACUCAUCAGCUUAUUCAUGGUUCAUCGAUACAAUACCACCAACUGCAACAAUUCAUAGCGAACAGAAUUAUACCAAUGCUGAAAAGAUAUACAUUGAUGUUACAUUUAGUGAAGCUUGCACUGGACAGGGUGGCUUCAAGUGUGUGAACUCAUCUAACUGUGAUGUCAUAAUAAAUGGUCCUGCCCAAGUACACGCGCCUUCACUACGCAUUAUGGAACAUGGAAUCAAGUACAGACUCAAUAUUAUUUUCUCCUUAAGGAGUAUGUAUGGGCGCAUUGUGAUCACAAUGGCGGAUAAUUUUUGUACUGAUCAGGCAGGAAACCAUUUCACACGAUCAAAUGGUUCUACUAUAAUCAUUCACUUUGAUAGAAGACCAGUGCUGGUGGAUUUAUGGACAUCUGUUCCAUCUUAUGAGUUGGUGAUUAAUGGGGUUCCAAGAACUGUGCUUGCCACUAACAAAAUGGAGGACAUUGCAAUAUUCCUUGAUUUCAGUAUUCCCAUUAUAAAUUCAACAGAACAGAUUCUAAAUGCAUUACAUGUGAACUCUGGUAGCUUGAUACCUAUUCAUGGUAAAAUUCAUGGGAACCGUCGAUUUGUUUUUGAACUCAAGAAAAUAUCAAGAACUGAAAUUAUCUCAGUUGAACUACAAGCCGGUUCAAUAAUUGGUAGGACAGGCACUCCUGUCUCAUCUGUUGCCUCAAUUACAUUCCUUUAUGAUUCCACAGACCCUGGUGUAGUGUUAAGUACAAGCUCACCAAACAUAACAAAGGAGUCCAACAUCAAUGUGAUAGUUGAGUUUAUGAAGCCAGUUUUUGGCUUUGAGGCCUCUAUGGUAAAAGUGAUCGGGGGCACAAUAACAAGGUUUAAGGAGCUUUCGAGAGCUCUAUACUCAUUGACUGUCCUAGCAGAAGCUCAGAACAUGUUGUCAGUUAACAUUCCUGCAGGGAAAGUAAAUGAUAUUGCAGGAAAUCCAAAUUUGGCAUCAAACCAACUUGAAGUGAAAAAAUUUUGUGCAGACUCAACUCCUCCAAUAUCCAUUGCACUACACUCAUUUGUGACUGCGGGAACAGUAGCAACAGCACUAGCAGCUGCCAUUAUUUCACUUUCCACUGCAAAUCUAGGAGCAAUCGGUGCUGUUGGUUCUGGGAGUACUACUAUUUUCUCUCCAGAUCCAUCAAUGAAUUUACAUGGAAUGAUUGGACAUCUACAGGUGUUUGUCCUUUCAGACUGGCUCUUAGUUAACCAAUCAAUUGAAUAUUCAGAAACAAUGAAAGGUCUUCAGUGGCUCAUACCUCAUCAAAAACUUCCAUGGAAUAGGAAUAGCCCUUCAAUCUGGCUGAACCAUGUCAAUUUGGCUGGAAAGAAGCUUGCACGGAAUUUGAGUGUCUUGGCUACAGGAUGGUCUUCUCACAAAAUAACUAACCAGAAAAUUGACUUAAAUUUAACCAACUCCUUUUAUAUGCAUCAUGAACAACCAUUCCCAAUUGAAAUUGACCCCAUGUCCGUCUGGCUCCAUGGACAGCACAACAUAAGCAUGAAAGAUACUCCUUAUGGGCUACCUCUCAAUUCCAGUGAAUAUUUCACCUAUUUCUUGAGAGGAGAACCAAUUUCUGCUAGCAACAUUGUCAAGAGAAUGAAGAAUUAUAAAGGGUGGCAAGAUAUGGAAAUGAACUUAUUCUGGCUUGGUGUGGGAGGAGGUAGUUUACUUACUAUUCAUGUUCUGAAAUUAAUUUUCCUAAGAUGGAGGACAGGAAUACCAGGUCAUGGGAUACUUUCAGUACCCAGGUUUGAGCUCUUUCUUCUAAUUCUGAUGCUACCUUGUAUCUCUCAGUCUUCAGCAUUUAUCAUAAGAGGUGGUACAACGAGGGGGAUCAUCAUUGGAGCUUUGUUGCUAGCUAUCCCUGCAGCCUUUAUUUUAUCAGUGUGCCUUUUUCUCGUAUUCGCAAUCUUUUCUGGCAGUUUUUUUCAGUACAAGGAAGUCAAGCAUAGAGAUAUAGAAGAACCUUGGUGUACAAAGCUGUGGUUCUUCUUUACAGGUAGACCUACAACUGGAAGGUGGUUUUAUAGGGAAGGGCUGUCUUCAUCUUUCCUCCUGCACCUUGGAAUUCUCUUUGAGAGUUGGAAGGGUCCUCCAUUGUUUGUCUUUGUUAAUCAGAAUGACCCAAACACCAUACUCAGGUGGACUGAGAGUGGCAACAGAGGGAUUGGAAGAAUGCGAGCUAUCAGCUCAGGCGACAGCAAUGAAGAAACUAAAAGUUCCCUAUCAGAGAGGCUCUUAGGUUGUGCUAAAUCCUCCUAUAUUAUCCUUGAUCUUUUAAGAAGAGUCAGUUUGGGUAUCAUAUCUGGAGCUUACUUGUCACGGAAGUCAAGCCAAAGCCUUUUUGCAUUGACAAUUACACUGGUACAGUUCAUGUAUCUGUUUACUCUUAAACCAUACAUCAGUAGGGGAGUCCAAGUGGUGGAAAGUGUUUCUCUCUUGUGUGAGGUAGGCAUCUUUGGUCUAUGUGUCAGUAUCAAAAGCUCAAACCCAGUUGAAGCAAAAAAAUUGGGUUUUGUAACGCUGUCUCUCCUUUUCUUUACCUUUGUUGUUCAAAUUAUCAAUGAGUGGUAUGGUAUGAUCAAAUCAAUAUUAAGACUCUCACAGCCUCAUAAGAACUCUUUCAAGCUUGGAUUGAAGUUUGUUGCAAAAGGCCUUGUUCUUCCUUUCCUUCCAAGGCAACAUUGGUCAAAAGUCAUAGCUGCAACCUCCCAACCAACAACAGGCCUAACUCCAGUGAUUCCCAUAAGCCCAGAAACAGAAUUUGAAAGAAGAGAUACAAGAACACCAUCAGUUCACUCGGUUACAUCCAUGACUGCAAUGGUAGUCCCUGUGCUCAGUCCUGGGCUGUCAAGUCCUAAUGUCAUGCAAAUGGAAGGUCCCACAACUUCAGAAACCACCAUCACCGGGCAGAGAUCAGGGGAGAGAAAAAAACUAAAGGAAAUCAAAUAUGAAUCCAAGAGUGAGAUGAAGAAGUUAAGGGAAUUAGCAAAGGCUAGUUUCUCAGGGGAUUAUAGGGGUGGGGAAGCUAGUACCAGCUAUGCUAAGGCUGCAAUCCAGCACCGGUGAAGCCUCCUCAGAAACUCCAUAAGUCUCCAAUCUAAAAAUCAUGGAUUGAUUUCUAACUUAGAAUGGUAAAAGAAGAAUUCUGUUUCUCUCAAUAUUGUUUCUCAGCUUCUACUGUUUUAUUGACCUCUAACCUUUUGUUAUACAAAAGGCAGUUUUGUGUGCAUACAAACAUAACCUAGAAGAAAUUGUAUCGAGGAGAAGAUAAACCAAACAUUCAUGUAUUUGAAAUGGCACAAGAUGUUUAAGAUAGAAAUGCAGAGAUG